AUGCCAACAUCAUUAAGCGAAGAACUUGGUUCUCUUACGCCAACUCUUAAUUUAGUACUUGGAAUUGGAUUUAUUAUAGUUGGAACCAUUGGUGGAAUAUUUAAUGUACUUGUAUUUUCUCGAUCAACUUUAAGAAAAACAUCUUGUGGAAUGUAUUUCUUAAUAGCAUCAAUAUCAAAUAUUACUUUAGUUAUAACUGGACAAUUACCUUGUCUGAUUACAGUAUCUUCAACUUCUCUUCUUACAACAUUUUGGUAUUGUCAAUUACGAGUUUAUUUAACGUAUUGUUCUAGUUUAUUUACACGUUCAUUAAUUGUUUUAGCUUCACUUGAUAGACUAUUAUUAUGUUCAUUAAAUGCAACAACGCGAUCUUUAUGUAAUGUUAAAAUGGCAAUACGGAUUAUUAGAAUUCUAAAAUUAUUUUCAUUUAUUCUACCAAUUCAUGUUCUUGUAUCAAAUAAUCUUCAUUUACCUUUACGUAUAUGUUAUUCAGAUGUUUAUUGGUUAAGUAUUUAUGAUAUUAUAUAUCAAUAUAUAUUUGUUGUUAUUUUACCAAGUGGUUUAAUGAGUAUAUUUUCAUUUAUACUUAUUUAUCGUCUUCGUAGUCAAAGAAUUCGUCUCGCACGUGAACUUCGUACUCGUGAUAAACAACUUAAUUGGAUGUUAUUAUCACAAGUAUUAUUUUAUACAAUUUUUCAUUUACCCGUUCCAAUCAGUUUAACAUAUAUUCGUACAACACCAUCUUUAAAAAGCAGCAAUGAUCGUAUUACAAUUGAAAAUUUUUUCUCGUUUUUAAUUAAUACUGAAAUAAUUUAUUUUUAUUUUUCAAUGACAUUUAUUCUUAAUAUAAUUAUAUCAAGAACAUUUCGUAAAGAAUUUCUUGAUAUAUGGAAAAAAAUAAAUGAAAACAUUUUUCAACUCAAACAUAUAACACGAAUUGUACCUUUUAACCCUCCAACUUUAAUUAAAUAA